AUGCAUGCAAACAUUCCUGAAAAUAGCAAACAUCCUAUUUUGCUAACAAAGGAAGGACAUGUCACUAAUCUCAUCGUAACUCAUUACCAUGUCAAUUAUUUGCAUGCUAGUCAAGAGUUAUUAAUAAGCACUUUACGAAUGCAGUUUUGGAUUCUUUCAGUGAGAAGGAUUAUUCACAGAUGUAUUCCUUGUAUUAGAAAUCGAGGGAAGACUGUGACCCAGAUAAUGGGUGAUUUACUCUCGCCUAGAGUUCAACCAUCAAGACCUUUUGCAGUCAACGGUGUUGAUUAUGCUGGUCCAUAUUCUAUUAAGUCCCAAGUUGGGAGAAGAACAAAAACUUUCAAGUGUUACAUAUCCAAUUUUGUGUGUUUCUCAACAAAAGCUGUACACUUAGAGUUAGUCAGUGAUCUAUCAACUUCAACGUUUUUAGCAGCUCUAAAAAGAUUUAUCGCCCAACGAGGCAAACUAUCUAAAAUUUCGAGUGACUGUGCUACUAACUUCAAAGGUGCUAGUGAGGAACUGAAGGAGAUUUAUAAAAAUGCAGCUCGCAUUGAGAAAAGCAGUGAAUUAUGUGACUACAUUACCUCAGAAGGUAUAACUUGGUUAUUUAAUCCUCCGACAUCUCCUCACUGCGGUGGCUUGUGGGAAAUUUCAUCUUAA